AUGGAGGGUGGAGUUGGAAGCCAGGAGGAGGCGGCGGCGUGCGGGCAUCGGGAGAGGGGCUCGAGUCCGGAGGAGGCGCCGGGAAGCCAGCUCGGAAGGGAGGGAGGCAAGGGAAGCGAAAGCAAGAAAAGGCACUUCUUCCUCCCUCCCUCCCUCCCUGGGAGCAGCCUCUUGGGAGGAGGGAGGCGUGGCUGCCUGCAUGCACAGCCCCUUCCUUCCUCCAUUGCUCCCGCCUUCCUCUCUUUUGCAGCCUUGACCGGCUGUCCCUCUCCCUCCUCCGCCAUGCUGGACUUCGCCAUCUUCGCCGCCACCUUCCUGCUCCUCCUGGUGGGAGCCGUGCUUUAUCUCUACCCGUCUUCCAGGCAGGCCUCAGGCAUCCCAGGAAUUACUCCAACAGAUGAAAAAGACGGGAACCUCCCAGACAUUAUGACUAGUGGGAGCUUGCAUGCGUUCCAAGUCCAUCUCCACGAGAAAUAUGGCCCCGUGGUCUCUUUCUGGUUUGGGCGACGGCUUGUGAUCAGCCUCGGGUCCAUUGAUCUCCUGAAGCAGCACAUCAACCCCAACAGGACAUCCGACCCCUUUGAAACAAUGCUGAAAUCUUUGUUAAGAUACCAGUCUGGUCUAGGUGGAGAUGUGGGCGAGAACUGCUUGAGGAAGAAGCUGUAUGAAAACGGAGUAACCAAAUCGCUGCAGAGUAAUUUCCCUGCCAUCCAAAAGCUAUCGGAGGAGUUGCUAGCAAAAUGGCUGUCUUUUCCAGAAUCGCAGCAUGUGCCCUUGUGCCAGCACAUGCUUGGGUUUUCAAUGAAGGCCGUGACACAGACUGCCAUGGGUAGCCGGUUUGAGGAUGAUCAGGAAGUGAUCCGAUUCCGAAAGAACCACGAUGCGAUCUGGGCUGAAAUUGGAAAGGGCUUCUUGGAUGGGUCACUUGACAAAAGUGUGACCAGAAAAAAGAUAUAUGAAGAUGCCCUGAUGGACAUGGAAUCGGUCUUGAAAAAAGUGAUAAAAGAGCGACAGGGAAAGAACUUGAAUGGGUACAUCUUUAUAGAUUCGCUACUGCAGGGAAACCUAAGUGACAAGCAGGUUUUGGAGGACACAAUGAUAUUCUCCCUGGCAGGCUCCAUAAUCACAGCAAAAUUGUGCACCUGGGCUGUCUACUUCUUGACUACGUCACCAGAGGUUCAGCAAAAGCUUUACAAGGAGAUGGAUCAAGUUCUUGGGAAAGGCCCAAUAACACAUGGGAAAAUUGAACAACUCAGAUAUUGUCGGCAAGUUCUCUGUGAGACUGUGCGGACAGCAAAACUGACACCGAUUGCUGCAAGGCUUCAAGAGCUGGAGGGCAAAGUUGACCAACAUAUUAUUCCCAAAGAGGCUCUUGUACUCUAUGCUCUUGGCGUGGUGUUGCAGGACAGCUCGGCUUGGCCGCUGCCUUACAAGUUUGAUCCAGACAGGUUUAGUGAAGAAUCUGCAAUGAAAAACUUCUCCCUUAUGGGUUUUUCAGGAAGCCAGGAAUGCCCUGAACUAAGGUUUGCCUAUGCGGUCGCCACAGUCCUGCUGAGUGUGAUUGUGAGAAAACUUCACCUGCAUCCUGUGGAAGGUCAAGUCUUGGACACCAAGUAUGAGCUUGUCACAUCACCAAAGGAAGAAGCAUGGAUAACCAUAUCCAAGAGAAACUGAGAGAGGGUAUAAAGUCCUAUUUUGGCAGAAGAGUCUUCUUACACCAGUUUUUCACCAUUUGGUGUUGUAGGGCAAUGAUCUCCAGGCAUUCUCAGCCUAAGAUGCUUCUCCUGUUCCUGAACUAAAAUGGUCUCACCACAGAAAACUCCAGUUUGCCUUAUUCUAAACAGGUCUCUAGGAUUCAUGAAAGAGGAGAAUUUUGAAAAAUAAGGACACUCUCAGAAAUCAGAACUGCAAAGGAGGCACGUGAUCUGAUUUACCACAAUCUAAAAUAUCUGUUGGAAAAUUGUGGUAAGGUGUUUUGCGCAUGCACAAAGGAAUCUUUUGUAAAACUUUUUGUAUAUUUAGUAAAAAUCACGUGUUCAGAAUUAAGAUGUAGCAUAGCAAAUCCCAGUGUGGAUGGACCCCAGUGAGGCCAGAUCUUAAACGCAAGCCCUGAUUUGUCAACAAAAGACAUAGGCCAGCACACAGUUCAUUUUUAAAAAACUAAACUGCUAGAAGAAUAAUUAUUAAAAAUUAUUUAAAAUGUCUUCAGAAAUUGUAGUUGCCACUACAUCUUGAGCUGUGGUUAAGAUAAUUGAUUUUGUAAUAGAAUGGGAAAAGUCUAUUGGUGAGUAUUCAGGAUUGCUUCCAAAAGCAGGUAAGAUACUACCACAGAUUACCUGUUUAUACUUCUUUUGGGGAUUGAUCUAACUCAAAUCAGUACAGUAGAGUCUCACUAAUCCAAGCUAAGCGGGCCGGCAGAAGCUUGGAUAAGCGAAUAUCUUGGAUUAUAAGGACUGAUCAAGGAAAAGCCUAUUAAACAUCAAAUUAGGUUAUGAUUUUACAAAUUAAGCACCAAAACUUCAUGUUAUACAACAAAUUUGACAGAAAAAGUAGUUCAAUACACAGUAAAGUUAUGUUGUAAUUACUGUAUUUAUGAAUUUAGCACCAAAAUAUCACGAUAUAUUGGAAACAUUGACUACAAAAAUGGCUUGGAUUAUCCAGAGGCUUGGAUAAGCGAGGCUUGGAUUAGUGAGACUCUACUGUAAUUGUUAAGUCCACUAUGGACAAAGUUAUCCAGGAGUUUCCAUAAGGGUACUUGAUGGCAUUAAUGUGAACUGGAUGGGAAGUGGACUAAUUCAGAUGUGCUCCAAUACAGAGACUGAAUCCAUACAUGAUAUCAAAGUGGUUUUGUUUACUUUGGAUAAUAUUCACCAAGUAACCUGCAAGUAUAAGGAUAUUGUCUUGUUAUUUUUUUUAAUCUGCAUCUUCUGCUCUAGAUGUUGGAGAGAGGGGUAAAGCCAUUACUAUUAAAUCAAAUCAAAUAAAAAAUGUUUUAUUGAUAAGCCUAUUGGCUGUAUCAAAACAUUUGACAAACAUUUAACACAUACAACAUACAACCCACAUUACAAUCAAAGUUAAAUGAACAAGCUGUUAAUAAGGGGUCAAGAUCCUGAACCAGAUCAAAUAUCUGCCUCACCCCUACAAUUUACACCAAUCGACUCCAAAUAUGCAGUUUUCAGCCAAGUUGCUGUAAAUUUAAAAAAAUUUUGUAUGUUAUUUUAGUAUUCUGUCCAGCCAAUAAAAAUGUAGUUUUAAUAUAA